AUGGAGAAACCCACUGACAAGAGCAACAAUGGAAAUGGAUCCACAGCUCCGGGAAGACCACAAGCUGAAAAGGACAGUCCUGCACUCACUGUGGGGGCUGCUGCAGAAACAAAUAGAGAAGGACCCCCAGCAGAAAGUGCUGCAGGUGUGGAGAGGCUGGAACUCACUGCAGAACUUGCUAAAGAAAUGGAGAGACCCUCAGGCACGGCACAAGACACUGCUGCUGCCUUUAAACCAGGGAUUUCAGAAAGAGACUGUCCAAACUCCAAGCCUCUUGUUACAACGAGCUCAAACCCUCACAAAAUAUGCACUUUGGAAAUGAACCACCAGUGUUCAACCAAAGCAUCUGUUGACAUGGACUGCCUAGUCUGCUUCAACAAGUACAACAUCUACCGAGUACCAAAGCUCCUGGAUUGCCAGCAUGCUUUCUGUGCUGUCUGCCUCAAGCUCAUCCUCAGGAAGGAAGAGAGUAGCUGGAUAAUCACCUGCCCCCUGUGCAGAAAAGCCACGUCUGUGUCAGGAGGACUCAUCCGCACACUGCCAAACAAAGAAGACAUCAUGGAGCUCUUACAAAACUCUAAUUCAAAUCCUGAGGUAUCCAUCUCUGUUGUAGGGCUGGACAGCAAUAGCUGGACUCAGACCAGCCAAGAUGCCUUAUACAGAGAUGAGAAUGCUCCAGCAGACAACAAACUGGCUAUCCAGAGACUCAUGCUGCUCCUGCUGCUUGUGGUGAUUCUCACCAUCCUCAUCCUCCCCUUUAUGUACUCUGGGAUGAUAAAAUGGGUCAUUUGUAUCAUGCUCAUUUUGGGGUUGGUCAUGUCUGUCGUGCUUUGCUGCACUCCUAAAUUCUACUGGAGAUGUGGCAGGGACCCACUCUCCUCCCGCAACAAGGAAACUCAUAUCGCUGCCAUUGCCUGA